AAUUUAUCCGCGUGUUUUCCAUCGGAGUAUAUAUACUUAUACACUUGACUUUCAGACGUUUCUCAUCAUUGCGACUACUACUCCAAACAACGACGUGACAAAAGAUCCACCCUUUACCCUUCCCUUCAUCAUGACAUUUGUACAUCACCAAGGAUUCAAGGCACUCACAUUUUAGAGAAUAUUUAUUUUUGCAGAUAAAGAGUCUCUCUAAUUCAUUAUACAUUAAUACGUAGUAUAUCUUCUUGUCCCCAGUUUUUGUCGUCUUUACGGUCUGCAGCUUUAGUCUGAAGCUUGUGCGUUUACUUGGUAAACUUUAGUAGGAUUGGUGGCUAAGUUCAAGAUUAUUCGAGAAAAUCAGGCUAUGGAUCCUUCACUUAGCGCCGGCUCUUACCAUUCCUACAAGGAGACAUGGAGACGUACUAUUAUUCUGUCAUUUCAAAGCCUUGGAGUGGUAUAUGGCCGGCUGGCCACCGCCCCCUUGUAUGCAUUUGGAUCCAUUGACCCAAAUGACAUCAAAUCAAAGGAAGAUAUAUAUGAGCUCUUUUCCUUUGCUUUCUGGACCUUAACUAUCAUCCCCUUGUUAAAAUAUGUGCUUGUAGUUUUGAAUGCCGACGAUGAGGGGGAAGGUGGUACUUUUGCAUUGUAUUCUUUGCUGUGUAGGAAUGCCAAAGUAGGGCUGCUUCCAUGUGAUAAAAGUGCUGCUGAGACUAUGCAUCAUGUGGAAACUGCAUCAUCCAGGAUCAAAAUGAGAACUAGAGCAAGAUGGGCACUUGAGAAGCAUAAAAGCAGUCACUAUUUGCUGCUGCUUCUGGCUCUGGUUGGCUCUUGUUUAAUCAUCUGUGAUGGAGUUCUAACUCCUUCAAUUUCUGUUUUGUCAGCUACCUCAACUAUGAGACGUUCCAUAUCAAAAGUACUGCACCAGACGAUCUCUUCUGGAAAGGCAGAAUCCAUAGACAAGUAUUUGAAAAAAUAUAUCCCAGUCCCUUCAGCUUGUGCCAUACUGGUUUGCCUAUUCACUUUGCAAAAGCAUGGGACCCAUAAAAUUGGCUUUCUUUUUGCUCCGGUUGUGAUCAUAUGGAUUAUUUUCAUCAGCACAAUGGGCAUAUAUAACGUUUUCCAUUACCCAACCAUCCUUUGUUCAGUCUCCCCUGUGUACAUUUUUAGGUUCUUUAGGAAUGUAGACAUCACAAGCUGGAAAAUCUUAGGGAACAUUGUGUUAUGCAUUGCAGGAUCAGAAGCAAUGUUUGCUGAUCUAGGGCAUUUUUCAAAGAAAUCCGUCCAGGCAACAUUUGCCCUAAUAAUAUAUCCUGUCCUGGUAAUAUGCUAUGCUGGUCAAGCUGCAUAUAUCUCCACGCAUUUAGGUGCAUCAUCUAAUGUUAUGCAUCUUAGUGAAUCCGUACCACACAGUAGAGAUCUUCAUCACGCUUUCACAGGAAUAUCCCUAGUAGCGUCCCUUGUGGGUAGCCAGGCAACCAUCACGGCAACUUAUUCAAUCAUAAACCAAUGUCAAGCACUGGCCUGCUUCCCCAGGGUAAAAGUUAUACACACAUCAGAUGAGAUAUAUGGGCAGGUUUACAUUCCUGAUGUAUCCUGGAUUCUGAUGGCUCUAAGUUUGGGCAUCACACUCGGCUUGAGGGAUAUGCGAGCCAUUGCAAAUGCUACAGGUUUAACUGUUAUUUGUGGGAUGUUAGUCACCUCCUGUCUUAUGUCACUUGUAAUUGCACUCUCCUGGGAGAAAAGCCUAUUCUUCUCUAUGUGCUUCCUGCUAGCAUUUGGAUCAAUUGAAGCCAUGUACCUGUUCUCAAGCUUGAUGAAUUUUUCCAAGGGAACCUGGUCUAUACUCCUACUCGUCACACUCUUCCUGACAACAAUGCUUUCAUGGCACUAUGGCACUGUCAAGAAGUACGAGUUCGACAAAGAAAACAAGGUCAGCUUGGAUUGGUUAACGGAUCUUAGCCCUGGGUUGGGUGUUAAUAGAGUCCCAGGCAUUGGCUUUAUCUAUACAGAUGUCGUCACAGGAAUCCCUUCAUUUUUCUCUCAUUUCAUCGCAAAUAUUCCUGCCUUUCACGAACUUUUGGUCCUAGUCUCAUUCAAGCCUUUACCGGUUCCUCAUAUUCCCCAAAACAAGAGAUACCUCAUAGGCAGGGUGGGGCACAAGGGGUACAAAAUAUACAGGUGCAUCGUACGGUAUGGAUAUUGUGACCCCAUGAGGGACACAAAUGAUUUUGAAGACCAUGUUAUUAGUUCCAUAGGAGAAUUCAUUGCCAGGGAGGAAAGUAAUGACGUGCAUCGGGAGAUUAUUGCCUCUCCAGAAGGAAGGAUGAUCAUGUUGGGAGGACCUGAUGGGACAAAUGCAUUGAUUCCUGUGGCUACCAUUGAGGAAACAACAAAUGAGGUCUCGGGGGAUAUCGAGACUCCAAGAAGCCCUCUGAUAGAUACACAUGGGAGCGGGGUUGCUCCUGCUAAGAGGAGAAGGAAAGUCCGGUUUGUUUUGCCCUUGGAGAGUCCCAAGGAAAAUCCAGCUGUGAGGAUGGAGCUCCAGGAAUUGGUUGAUGCCAGGGAAAAGGGGGCUGCCUAUUUCUUGGGCAAGUCACACUUGAUGGUACGCAAAGGUUCAAACUUUUUCAAGCGAUUCCUUAUUAUGAAUUAUGUUUUUCUGGACAAGAAUUGCCGAGAGCCUACGGUUGCACUGAAUAUACCUCACACUGCUCUUUUGGAGGUCGGGAUGCCUUAUUUAGUGUAAUCUUGUUUUUUUUGAACUCGGCGGGUAAACUACUCAAGUCGGUGGGACAGAUGCAGGGGAACAUUAAAUCUCAUAUUUAAGUUUAUUAGCAUGUGCAUUACCGAACACCUAAGAGAUGGAAGACCUGUCUGUUGUAUGUGCAGUUUAUUGUAACAUGAUGAGACAGUCUUUCAGUGUAUGUACAAAUGUAGAGACGCUGAAUAUAUGUUAUUGCACUACUUUUUGCAAAUAUAUUCAAGGUAUUACUACCUUUUCAAGCCAACAAACAAAAAACUCACACAAGAUAAAUUUUAGUCCCAAGUUUUUGCAUUUGGCAAUUUGAUC